CAUUUUCAGAGCACUCGACAUUGCUAAGUAGUCUGGAAUAUAAAUAGAAAUGGCGUGUUUACAUGGAAAUCUAAAGAGAUGUUUUCUCCGCUUGAAUUAAGAGGUGGAGCUUGGCCAACCCCCAUGCAUUGCUGAUACCACACAAUCUAAUAACUCUGUUAAUUUGUGUUGCUCUGAGACACAAUAACAUCAUCCAGGAUGGGCAAAGAACAGAAAUGCAUUCUUUGUGAAACUGUCUACAGCUCCAAAAAGGAGAUGGAAGAGCACAUGAGAAGUAUGCUGCACCAUCGGGAGCUAGAGAAUCUGAAAGGCCGUGACUGUGGACAUGAGUGCCGAGUCUGCGGUGUGACAGUGGUGAGCCUGACCGACUACGCCAGUCACAUUUCCAGCUUGUUACACAAACAGCGCAUUGAGGAUCCUAAGCACCAGCCUUUAAAUGAAGACAAAGAUGAGGAGUACUUUGACAAAGAUUUUGUGCAGCUCAUUGAAAAACGCAAGGAAAUUAUCAAAAAAGAAGAGGCUGCUGCAAAGCAGGCUAAAGAGGAGCGGGAGAACAUUAGGAGGUUUCAGGAGCAUCAGGCUCAGCGGCAGGGGCCAAGGCCUUUGAUGUGCCAGCAGUAUGGCUCUUGGGACCAACCCUACCGUAAUUUCCCUCAGCUGCCCAAAAGGGGCAAAGGCUCCAAAUGGCAGAAUUCAAGAUUUUCCUCCCCUGACCAUAGCAACUGGUCUAACCCUAACCAACAGAUUCGGUAUGCCACAUGGCAUGCUGGAGGACCUCCUGACUUGCACAGAUGGGGAUCCAUGGAUCGACAGGGAGGGAGUAUGCGCAACCAAGGAAGCUUCUGGGGUGGUAGACAAGGUGGCUAUGGGGUCUGCCCACCAAAACAGAGAAAUCAGUUUUCCUGGAAAAACAGUCAAUAUAAUUUUAGACCGGGACAAUAUAUGUCACCUGGGCACUUUAAACCUCCUGGAAGAGAGCAGCCGAGGACACCCAACAGCAUUGAAUGCCAGACAGAGGGCCAACAGUGUGUAGAAGAAUCUGGUGGCGAGCAUGAUUACAACAAAUGUAAUGAUCAGAUGUCAGAAAAUGCUCACAGAUGGGCACCAUCUAAACUUGGAGAUUCUUCAUCUCAAACAAUGCCUCAGCCAACCUCAGAUAAGUCAGCUGUGGAAUCUCAAGAAAAUUGUAAAGCACAGAGUUUUAACAAGAGCAGCCAAGACAUGGAAAAUAAAUUCCAGGCAGACCAGAGAAAUUGGCAGCAUAAACUUGCAGAGCCCUACCAUGAAAACAAUGAUUGCAGGCAGAACCAGAAACAGUCCUUCAAGAAUUGUGGCAGUAGUAGCAUGGAUAGUUUCACCUUCUCAUUGACCUCCAAAAUUAAACGAUCAGAGAAACCUGGCAAGCAUCCUGCAAAUGGGGCGUCUUGGACAAGUUGUUCAAAGCCUAAUUCCAGACAAGUGGCAACUCAUGAUUCUGUCAGUUCUAAAGGCUUUCUGCAUUCCCCUUCAAGCUCAGAAUUCCCACAACAUGCCAUCUUUAAUGAAGAGCAAGAGCAUCUUCUGUCAGAGAUGUUGCGAAAAGCCAAGGAGACCUUGCUUAAUAGAAAAGGCUCAGUUCACAAUUCUAGCCCAGAGGACUACCCUAAAGAAACCAAGACUGGGCCUCAGACUAAGGAACCCCAGCAAGUAGAUAAUUUAGAGCUGAACAAGAAUAAAAAAUUACAUCAACAUAAGAAGAAACUGAACAAGCACAAGGUACAAGAGGGGCAGGCUUUUGAUGAAGAUAUUAGCAAUGACAAGCAACAACUCACCAGUGCUAAGACAUCUCUACAGAUUGGCAGUUGGCAAAAUAACACUAGGCUAUCUCUGCAGUCCUUGCAAGUUAGCACCUCCACUAUGGACCACGAAGAUGAGGAAUUUGGCGAAAGGGAAGAAAACCUUCCCAUACCAGUCCAAGAACAAGCAAUGUUCACGCUAGAUGAAGAUAUGUGCCCACUUGGUGAGGGGUCCCAUAGUAGUCUAUCCCAACCAACAGCAGGCUGUUCAGUGCCCCCUUUAAGCAAGCUUGCCUUGCCUGCAUGUCUCAAAAGGGAUCUGAACCGCCAUAUGGGUACCAAAGGCAAAGCAGCAGCCCAUGAACCCAACUUGAAUAUUGCCAGGCGUAUUAGGAAUGUAAGUGGCUCACGUAAGAUUGAAUCGGAGAAGGACUGUGGACUCAAGCCCACCUUGCGGCAGCUCAUUAGCUCCUCUUGCUCCCGGCGGAUUGUCAACUGGGACCAGGUCUAUCAGGAAGUCAAUCGCAAGAAGCAAGAGCAAGGCAAGGGCUUACCAAGAUUUGGUAUAGAAAUGGUGCCCUGUGAACCUGAGGGUACUAACCAAAUUAAUGAAAAUGAUGACCCUCUUUGUGAGGGCUUUCAUUGGGACACUCUGUUGGACUUCAGUCAAGUGCCUGUCCCUUCCCGCAAGCGUAGCUUGUCUGAAAGCAGUGUGGUAAAAGGUCACUCUGCUGGCACAAGCUCCCUCCUCAAAACUGUAGAUCGAAUGACGGACUCUUCACCUAGCAGCCCCUCCCAGCAAUUAAGGAGAGAAGAUCUACAGCCAAAAGGUGAUCUUGAGAUACAGGGCUCAAAAUGGCCACCUCAGGGUCAAGUGGAUGUUGAAGGAAUCUCUGGAUGUACAUCAGACACUGAGCUUAAUGACACACAAGGAGUUGGGAAGAAACGCAGAGCACCUGGGGAUGUUUUGUCUCCAGAGAUUCCUACUGAAGACAGGAAAAGUAAGAGGCAAAAGAUCAAGGCUAAGAAAGAACGCUCUCAAGUGGAUCAGUUGCUGGCUGUAUCUCUACGUGAGGAGGAGCUUAACAGUUCUCUUCAGGCAGUGGAUAGUAGUCUUAUUCAGGCACGUGCUGCCCUGCAAUCUGCCUAUUUGGAAGUGCAGCGCGUGCUUAUGGUUAAACAACAGGUAACUACAGAGAUGAACUCCUUGAGAACCAGGCGAAUUGAAAUUCUACAAGGAAUGCAAGGUGAAUUUGAAUCGCCAGAGAGAGAGAGGAGCAAUGAGGAGGUUGUGACUCCAUUACCACAAGUUUCUAAGUUUACCUCACACCCCCUUCAGCCAACCACAGCUGCCCACUCAAACUCUUCUUCCCCAACCUCCCCACUGGUUGUUACCAUUAAACAAGAGCCCACCUCUCCUAAUAACCUCACCUCUGAGCAUGACCUUGUCAAAUGCUCCAUCCCAGGACCCCAUAGCACCACAUUUGUGCAAACAGGGUUUACAGCUUGUCAGACAGAUACUACCUUCAAGUGCGGGAUUAGGAUAGACUCUUCCCAAGACAGCACAGCCAUGUCUUUGAGUGCAGCUCAAUCUGAUCAUGUACUGCAGCCCUCUUGCCUCAAAGAAAGCCGACAAAGCUCUCAAGAAGGGUUAGUGAACCCUACUUCCCCACACAUGUCUGUAACCCUCUCCCCGAAGCCGCUGUCUCUCUCUAAUAACCCAGAGAUUAAUUCAGUUAAGCGUGUUCGGAAGUUGAAGAAGAGAAAGUAUCUUAAGAAGGUAAAGGGUAAUGAACAACCUGAAAUCAGUGAUUCUGAGCUUGAUGGAGAGCAGCCCGUCUCUCGACCUUCCCGCAAGUACCGAUCUCAUCAGAGAUCCAGUGGCACCAACACUUCACCCUCAAUGCCAGAAGAGAAGGAAGAAAAAGAGGAUUUGUUGAUCACUGAAGCUUCAAAGAAUGGAACACAGCAAACAAAGUUAGCACCAUCACCAACAAAUGAAGCUCCAAACUCAGAUUCCUCUGAACUGGAGAUGGUGGAGCUUCCUCCACACUUGCCCACUGAUUUUGUCAAUCUAGAUUCUUCAGAACCAGAUGAGUUGAUGCCUGAAGAGAAGUUCAAGAAGUCAGCCACUGCGGCCAAAGACCAUACAAUCACAGACCCCCAAAAUCUUGCCUGCAAUGAGGUCACUUCAACCAGUGAAAUCAACACCCGCAGUUCAGUCAAGGCCUGUGAAAGUGAAAUAAAGUCCACUGCAGUGAUGGAAUCCAAAGUGCCUUCAGAUGUGUCAGAUCCAGGAGAGGAGGUGUUGCCAACUGAAGGGGAGUUUGAAGGCCAUAAGGAGGCAGUGAAUGGAAUACAGAUCCACAAUGGACUGCUGUACACCUGCUCCGGGGACCGCACAAUACGUGCUUUUAGCUUGACUAGUCGUAAGUGUGUGGCUGUGUUUGAGGGUCACAGUAGCAAAAUAAACUGCCUGUUGGUGUCAUCUGGUGCAGACCUGCAACAGUGUCUGUACUCAGGAUCAAGUGACCAGACCAUCCGCUGUUACAGCCUCAAGACAACAGAGUGUCUGGAACAGCUGUCUCUCCCAGACCGAGUGCUCUGUCUUCAUAACCGUUGGAAAAUUCUCUACGCCGGUCUGGCCAAUGGCUCUGUCAUCACCUUCAGCCUCAGGAACAAUAAGCUGUUGGACGUAUUUGAGUGCCAUGGCCCACGGGCCGUGAGUUGCCUGGCGACAGCUCAGGAAGGGGCUCGGCGUGUGCUGCUGGUCGGCUCCUACGACACCACAAUCAGCGUUAGAGAUGCUAAAAAUGGCCUACUGUUGCGUACUCUAGAGGGCCACACUAAAACUGUGCUCUGUAUGAAGGUGGUGAAUGAUUUGGUGUUCAGUGGCUCAAGUGACCAGUCUGUACAUGCACAUAAUAUACAUACAGGAGAACUGGUGAGGAUCUAUAAGGGUCACAGUCAUGCCGUCACUGUGGUGGCCAUAUUGGGAAAGGUGAUGGUCACUGCAUGCCUGGACAAACUGGUCCGUGUAUACGAGCUCCAGUCUCAUGACAGACUCCAGGUAUAUGGAGGACAUUCAGAUAUGGUGAUGUGUAUGGUCAUCCACAAGAGCAUGAUCUACACAGGUUGCUAUAAUGGCAGUGUGCGAGCUGUCAGAUUGAACCUGAUCCAGAACUACCGCUGCUUGUGGUAUGGCUGUACAUUAAUCUUUGGCGUUAUGGAGCACUUGCAGCAGCACCUGCUGGAUGACCACACCAACCAGCAGACGUUUAAAUGUCGCUGGAGAAACUGCGACUCCUUCUUCACCACACGCAAUGGCUCCGAACAGGUGGUGCAUUCUCACAUGCAGAAACACGUCAAGGAAGACAGUAACAUUGAGCCAUAAGGGGCCAACAGACUCUUUUCCCAUAUUGGGAAUGUCUCAUUCAACCCUCACCAGAGGAGCCCUGUUCAUGGGUUUUUAUAUGAGCCAUCAGCUACCAAUAACUCCCACUUAGAUGAAAGAAAAGAUGGCAGUAAUGGUUUAAUCCUAGUGAGAAAUUAAUUUUAUUUAAACCAGUCCUUAAAAAAAAAAAAAUCUAUAGAGGUAGAUAAUUGUUUUAUCGGAGUAUAUGAAAAUGUCCUUCUCGCUAAGUGGAGUUAUUGGUAUUCUGAUUAUUAGAGGAAGUAAUUUACCUUUGUCUCCUCUUUUACACUUCUCUCUAUCCGAAGUGUAGAGUGUGAUCGAUUCUUUUAUACUGACGUGCCAUUGCUCUGAUACUGUCCUGCAAGGGAUGGAUUUCUUCAGUAUUAGAGUCCUCCUAUAUUUUGUCUCUCAUCUGAUCAUACACUGUAUUGUCAGCUCUGAGAUUUACUGACCAAAUAAAGACAACUGUGAGAAACAUUUGGGUGCCAGUAUAGCAGAAGAGUUGCUGCAGCUCCCUCAGCGCAACGCAUAUAGCUCAGAAUUGUGUCUGUAUGGCUUUAAAGAUGCUUUUUAUUUAGAGUGUUUUACGAAAGCAUGAUAUUUGUGUCUCGUUGAGCAACUACAUUUUAUUUUUGGACAUUGGAGGAUUUUUAUAAAGGCCAUCUCUUCCUCAUGUUGCAUCAGUUUUUUUCCCUUUACAUUUGAAUGGCAUUAUAGCUACACCCAUCAUUUCAGUCUGGUUUCCAAAUUCAAAAGUCAAGAUGUGUCCGGUGGGUUUAUUUGUUUUAAAUUUUUCUUUCUGUUAGUGUUCAUUUAUAUGUAAUUGUUUGAGUGGUUUCAUGGUUUCCUCACUAUUUGGAAAAACUUUUAUUAGCCUUUUUUUUAUUUUGGAAUUCUAUGUGGUUGCUCACCAAAGGUGAAGCAACGUUGAAGGAUUCAGGCAUGCCAUGAUUAAGACUGUGUUUGAAAUGUGUUUGCUGUGCUGUUGACACAGUGAAAAGUGACAGUUGGUGUGUGUGUGUGUGUGUGUGUGUGUGUGUGUGUGUGUGUGUGUAAGCCUUUGAGAACAUAGAUUUUAUGGGUUAGUGUCAAUACAAGAUUUAAUUUAUUUUAUUUUACUUAUCUUUUACCUGUUGUGAAGGAUAGGGUUUGUUUGUUUUCACAGUUGAGAGUAUUCUGUAUGGGCUUUUGUGCCAUUGGGGUGUGUAGUGUUAUGAAAGUACACAUAGCCAAGUGCACUCCACUCUGCAGGAGAAGACUUUUAUUUUGCUGUUUGAGUUUGGAAGUUGAAUGGGAGAUCAACAUGGAUGGUGUUUUUAUGCUGUUGGGAGCGUUUUACCUUCCAUGCCAUAAUCGUCAUUCUACUACCAGCACACAAAUACAAACAGUUGUUCUAAAUUUGUUUAAUAUAUACUGCUAACAUUUGGUUACAUCUUCAUUUCAUAAAGAUGUGAUUUCACAGCUUUCUAAUAAUAAUAUUUAUAGAAAGUAACAAUAUCUCUGGACAUUGAAGAUAGAACAUUUCUUCUCCUUUUAUGUGUUUUAUUUUUAACUAUAAAUGGUCAAUUGAGGUUUGUUUUUUUUGGUCAAGUUGUGAUAGAUACAUUAUUCCACCCAUUCAUAACCUUUGAAAAUGCAACUCAGCUCUUUGGCUAUAAUUGUGUGUUGCUGAGGAGAGAAUGCAGUCAAUCUCUUACCUGGUAUCCCCAUGUUUCUCACAUAUGUUCAUUUUAAAUGAUGUUAAAUUGUUAUCGACUUUUUGUACGCAAAUGCUUUUGGGAAGAAAAAAAAACAAUGCAAUAAAAGGCAAAAUGUC